AUGAUUCUCGCGGUGCUGUUUGCGAACGCAGAGGGCAAUAUCCUCAUCGAACGUUUUCAUGGAGUUCCUGCGGAGGAGCGUCUACACUGGCGUUCUUUCUUGGUCAAACUAGGAGCGGACAAUCUUAAGGGUGUAAAAAAUGAAGAACUUCUAGUUGCUUGCCACAAGUCAGUUUAUAUUGUAUACACAAUACUUGGAGAUGUCAGUAUAUACGUCGUGGGGAAGGACGAGUACGAUGAACUUGCUUUAUCGGAGGUAAUCUUUACAAUAACCUCAGCUGUAAAGGAUGUAUGUGGGAAGCCCCCAACUGAGCGUCGCUUCCUUGAUAAGUAUGGAAGAAUUUGCUUGUGUUUGGAUGAAAUUGUAUGGAAGGGGUAUUUGGAAAAUACGGAAAAAGAUAGAAUCAAGAGAUUGAUAAGGUUGAAGGCUCCUACUGAGUUCUGA